ACGAUGACGCAUGAUGUGAUGAUGGCUACUGAUAGCAGCGUUACUUCUUGUGCUUGUAAAGGCAUCCGGCGCUGUCUCCAGUGUGACAUUUUAAAGGGAAAGGGACAAUUAGAGGCGAAUGAACUAACGCCUGUGCAUCAUUUCCUGUACGAUCCUGAGACGAGGCUUGCUGUUGGAGAAGAUGCAGAGGCUGCGUCCUUCCCCUUCCCUGGUGUAUUCCUGCAGGAGAACUUCAUAUCAGAAGAGGAGGAGAAACAGCUGAUAAGCACGAUGGACCAGGAUGUGUGGAAUGAGUCUCAGUCUGGUCGAAGGAAACAGGACUUUGGUCCAAAAGUUAACUUCAAGAAAAGGAAAGUGCGUGCCGGUGGCUUCAGCGGACUACCAGCUUUGAGCCAAAAACUAGUGCUCCGAAUGCAACAAGAGCCAAGUCUAGCUGGCUUUCAACCAGUGGAGCAGUGCAAUCUGGAUUACCAUCCUCAGCGAGGCUCCGCCAUCGAUCCACACCGAGACGACUCCUGGCUGUGGGGCGAACGGCUCGUCACCCUCAACAUGUUAUCAAACACCACACUCACCAUGUCCCUUGAACAGGGUCUGCCAGAGCUGGGCCUAGCAGAGGAAGUCCACGUGGCCCUUCGUCUUCCUCGCAGGUCUUUAGUCGUGUUGUACGGCGAGGCCCGGCACAGAUGGAAACAUGCCAUUCAUAGGGACGAUGUUCAGGAGCGCAGAGUUUGCAGCACCUACAGAGAGCUGUCUGCAGAGUUCCUACCUGGAGGGAAGCGGGCAGAGCUGGGAGCUCAGCUGUUGAACAUUUCUUUGAGCUUCGAGGGGACUCCAGUAUAGGCUCAUCUGAUGGUGCAGAACAGAGGGGGGUCCAGACUCCUUGGGUGACUUGAUCAAAUUCAGACAUAAAUUUCUAUCAAAUAGAAUUGUAUAAAUGUAAUUAUUACAUGUUUUUUUUUUUUACCCAGAGUAUGAAAUGCAGCAUCACAAAUGCAGUUAUCGUCAAUUUAUGAGGAACUGGACACAUGGGCUCAAAACCAGCUGUCUUUAGAAACCAUAUUUUCUGCAGACCUCAUCCUUUUCAACUCUUUCUUUAAUAAAAAAGAAGAAAAAAACAUUUUCUUCCAUACAUA